AAGCCGUCAAGCUUGCCGUGGAAUUCAGCUUGCAAGCACAAGAGACGACGGCUUCCUUUCCAGUCCUAACCCUACCACAAAAUUCCUCUUUUCUUCUGCUACCAUUUCUGAUAUACAUCUCGGUUUAACGAUCUUUGAAGCCCUACCGACCUGCGGAACUCUCGUAAUGGCGACAGCGACGAAGGUGGAUGGCCAGGACAAGGUCAUCGCGACGGCGCAGCAGAUUGUGAGGAGCCUGGCCACCUCUAAGAACGCCGCCGAAGACAUGAUCCGCAUACUCUCUGGUUUCGACAACCGCCUAUCUUCUAUGAACGAUCUCUUACCGACUGCCGGCACCGGCUGUUCUUCUCCGACCACUGGAAGGGUUGAUGCCAGGAGAGAAGUCCCCGCUGUUGGAGAAUAUCACCUCGAAGAAGCUGAGGAGGUUAUUCAGCGCUGGGAAUCUUCCGAUUCCCUCCUUUGGGAGGCAUCUGCUGAAGAGGCUGUCGAGUACCUUGACGCUGUCGACGAGCUCAUCUCACUCCUUGAGUCCGAGUCUUUCCCCGAGGAGUUCCGUGCCCGGGCUGAGAUUGCUGUCCAGAUCGCUAUGGCGCGGUUGGAAGACGAGUUUCGCCAUCUGAUGAUCCGAAACACUGUCCCGCUCGACGCCGACAGUCUCCACAGCUCGAUCCGUCGUGUUUCGCUUUCUUUCAACUCUGUCCCUGGUGAUUCAGUCGAGGACUUUGAGGAAUCGGUCGAUGAGGACCAGAACUACGAGACCAACCUGGAGUCACGCGGCAGUAGCUUUAUCUCUGGUGACCGGAGAAUCGAUCUCGUGCUCCCAGAGGUCGUGUCCGAUCUGAAGGAGAUUGCCGACCGCAUGAUCUGGGCUGGAUAUGGGAAGGAGCUCUGUCAGGUUUACAGCAGCAUCAGGCGUGAUAUACUCGACGAGUGCCUCUCAAUCCUUGGCUUGGAACGGAUGAGCAUUGAGGAGGUUCAGAGAAUUGAGUGGAGAGCUCUGGAUGAGAAGAUGAAGAAGUGGAUUCAGGCGAUGAAGGUUAUGGUCAGGAUUCUGCUGACAGAGGAGAAGAGGCUCUCUGAACUGAUAUUUUCUAUAUCUGAUGACAUCAAAGAAGAAUGCUUUACAGGAGCCGCCAAACCUUGCAUCUUGCAGAUUCUGAAUUUUGGGGAUGCUAUAUCCAUUUGCCAGAGGUCUUCAGAAAAGCUUUUCCGAAUUCUUGAUAUGUAUGAGGCUUUGGGGAAUGUCAUUCCUGAGCUGCAUUCCCUGUUCUCUGCAGAGGCUAAAAAUCUUAUAUGUGGUGAGGCUGAGGGAAUUCGUAAGAGAUUGGGGGAUUCCGUCCGAGGUACUUUCAUGGAAUUUGCUAAGGAUGUUCAGAAAGAUGUUUCACGUAGGCCUCUACCAGGAGGUGAGAUUCAUCCACUUACCCGUUAUGUUAUGAAUUAUGUCAAACUGUUCGUGGAUUACAGCAGCUCCCUUGACGUGCUCUUGGACGAUGAAAAUGUUCUGGGAGGAGGCAACGGUGAUGAUACCCAAAUUUCGGGAAGUAUGACACCAGUAGGCCGUAGUUUGCUGAUGUUGAUGUCUUAUUUAGAGUCUAAUCUUGAUGAGAAGUCGAAGCAUUAUGAAGAUGGCGGUCUUCAGUGCAUAUUCUUGAUGAAUAAUAUACUCUAUAUGGUGCAGAAAGUUAGGGACUCUGAACUUCUUGGACUUUUAGGGGAUAACUGGGUCCGAAGGCACCGAGCUCAAGUGAAGCAAUAUGCCAACAGCUACCUCAGAGCUUCUUGGACCAAAAUUUUGUCAUAUUUAAAGGAUGAUGGAUUGGGAGGAAGUGGAAGUACUAGCUUAAGUGGUGCACCUAAAAGGACCAUCAAAGAAAAGUUUAAGAGUUUCAACUUAGCCUUCGAAGAAAUAUACAGAAUUCAGACCACUUGGAAAGUUCCUGAUUCUGAGCUCCGUGACGACUUGUGCAUAUCUAUAUCUGAGAGGGCGAUCCCAGCUUAUAGAGCAUUCUUGGGAAGAUUUGGUGUGCAAUUGGAGGCUGGACGGCAAGCAGAAAAGUACAUAAAAUACACAGCUGAAGAACUGGAACAGUUCAUCUCUGAGUUUUUUAAAGGGUCGUCUGGGCCAUCAAACCUCCUUAGAAAAAAAGCUUAACUCAUAGCUAAAGUGAUUUAUAGUGAUGUUGGUGUUUUCCGUUCUCAUUGGUCAUCAUACACAUACUUCACAGAGUUCAGGUGCCUAGUGAAUGUAAGAUUAGUAAGGUUUAUCUUUUGGUUUUUUCUUUCUAGUGUUCUCCUAUUUUUAUAUUACUUACAAUGUUUUUAUAGCCUUUUCCUGAAGGCUUUCUGUUAUGAUGUUCAAUAUUGCUGUAGAUAUCAUGUACAUAUAUGUUAUCUACUCAAAUGUUAAGUCUUAUUAGACUCUUCAAAUCUUCUCUAUGCGGAAUGAUUAAAUGUUUGUUGUUCCC